CAUCCUGUUUGCAGAGUGUUUUGGAAAUCGAGAGAUUGGAAUGAGAGAAAAUCGACAUUUGAUUCAGGUGAAGAAAUUCCACCUCCAUGUAGAAAAAAACCUGUAAGAAAGAAGAAGAAGGAGGAGAGACCAAAAAGAGACUCUGAAGACUAUCAAGAUCAAGUGAUUACAUGUGAUCAAGUGAUUACCUUUCCCUGUUCCAAAUGUAAGUGUGAAAUUGAUCUACCUGGAGUUUUUCUCCAUAAAAAGCAGCAUGCAGCCUUGACCACACUGGGUUUUCAAUGGAUAGGUGGAAAUAAACCAGGACACUCAGUGAUUGCUAUUCAGAGACAGUUCAUAAUUACUAAACUAUUGUCAUCUUUCACAUUCACUGAACAAAUCCUACAGAGCAUUGAUCAUGCUUUUGAGUUACUUUGGAAGAAACAAAUACCAGCAUACUAUAAGAUUAUUGAUAACAUUAACUCCAGUUCCACAUAUUUUCAGAAAAUCUGCCAUCUAUUAAUUAAAGGAGUAGCCGUUUGUGAAAACAGGAAUUCUACAUGGAGGGUUGCCAUGAAUGAUAGAUUCACCGUAGUGAAUAAUUUUGGCAAUAAACCCAAUGUGUGUUUUUUUGGUUUGUUUGAUGGGCAUCAUGGUGCCCCAGCGGCAGACUUGGCGUCAAUAGAACUGCCAGUUUUACUUCUGCAUCAACUUUCCAGAUUUGAUCCUUCCUACCAAAUGACCCCUCAGGAGGAAAAACUAAUCAGUUCUUUUCAUACAGUAUUUAGGGAAGAAUACAGAGCUAUAGAAAACUUCUUCACUGAGAAGAAAAGGACAAAAGAGUUGAUGUGUGAGUAUGAGAACAUACACAAAGCCUUUGCAAAAGCAUUUUGGAGAAUGGAUAGGCUUUUACGUCUUGGAAGGAAAGAAGUAUCCAGGGUUCGAUGGAGUGGCUGCUCUGCGGUUACUUGUAUAUUGGAAGGCAGCAUUAAAUAUCCCUAUGCCAAGAAAUGGAGAAAAACCAAUGAUCAUGAUGGUUGGGCAGAGAGAUUCCCUUCCCAGAAGAUGCCACAAAUAAUUUCUGGAGUACUACAUAUUGCAAACACUGGUACUGUGGAAGCAGUCUUAUGCAGAAAUGGAAAAGGCUUUUGCCUAACCAAAAAACAUAACAUGCAAAACGUCAAUGAAAGAAGAAGAGUACUUAAGAAAGGAGCAAUAAUUAGUUCAAAUGAAUCAGAUGGGCUCCUAGAAGGGCAAAUAAAAACUACAAGAGGACUUGGAUUUCAUGGAAAUCCUAAAUUGAAAAAUUUCAUUAUUCCAGCACCUCAAACUAUUUCUGUCCCUAUAGAUGACUUAUGUCAAUUCCUUAUCUUAGCUACUAAUGGACUCUGGGAAGUUCUGGAUAAAAAGGAAGUCACUGCACUGGCAAUGACAAUGUUUCACAUGUAUAAAGAAACAUACUGUUCUAGCUUCCAAAACAAAUCUUCAUCAUCCAAAGAGCUUCAGUUUUUCCCAACCAAUGAAUCAAGCAUUACUAAAUCAGAAAGUACGAUCCAUAUAUUGUUUCAGAGUAAAUCAGAAUCUAAAGGAUAUGUGUCACGUACAUAUUCAAAAGAAAAUUUGUCUGAUUCAAAAUAUUUCACUCGUGAUUCUAAAAAUGGACAAACAUUUCUACCAGAAAUAACUAAUCGUAAUCCUAGCACCAAGAAAGAAGCUAACAUACCAACCAAGGCAGAUGGUGAGCCAAAAGAUUCAAGUAAAAAUGAAAAAACAUGCACUAAGAGUUUCUAUGAAGGUGCAGCUGAGUAUAUCAGCCAUGAACUUGUAAAUGCUGCUUUAAUGGCUGGCUCCAGAGACAACAUUACAGUUAUGGUAAUACUUCUCAAUGGAAGUGAAUAUCAGUUUCUGAUAUAAAAGAUAAAGAUCUGAUUAUCCAGAAUACAAAAAUAUAAAGACAAUUCUUCAAUGGAUCAGAUAUUAGGAUAGUAUAUCAAUAUCACAGAAAU